AUGGCCAGCAACACCACCUUACGGACGUUUCGAUCGCUCACAUGCACAAUUCGCGCAUCAUGUCAACACACGCAGCCUCUGCGACCCUUCUCCCACAGCACACAAGCCCUCAAUGCGUCUCCCACCGACCGCAAUAAGCCCUCUUUGUCAAUGGACAGUCUCCUCGGCAAUGUGUCACGCAACUUCAAGAACGCAGGUCCUGACCACUUUGGGAACAUAAUACCCAACGCCGACGGGACCCCGGGCUUCAAGAAUCUUGCACCACGCGAGUGGGAAGAGGACGACAAGCACAAAUUACACGUUUACGCUACCAAGCACAACACACAUCUGUGUCUCACACAGCCAAAUCGCAAUCCCCUCAUCUCGGUAUCGUGUGGAAACAUUGGUUUCCGGAAAGCGGGGCGCGGGUCAUACGAUGCUGCCUACCAACUCGCAGCUUUCCUCAUGAACCGGAUCCAGGACAAGGGCUUGCUGCCACAGAUUCAGAAGUUGGAGUUGAUUUACAGAGGAUUUGGGCCAGGCAGGGAGGCAGUCACAAAGGCGAUACUGGGAUCCGAGGGAAAGAGGAUACGGCCGUUGAUUGUCAAACUAGCCGACUCUACGAGACUGAAGUUUGGUGGUGUGAGGAGCAAGAAGCCAAGGAGAUUGGGUUAG